AUGUCAAAUGACGUUAUAAAAUCAGUAGGUGGCGCAUCUAGAAUUCAUCCGAAAGAUGAUCCACAACAGGCCUCUGCUAGAACAUUUUUUAUUGAUGCUUCGAAUCGGAGCCUGACUACCAUCCCAUCAGAGAUCUUGCAAUUAGAAGAAUUAGAAGAAGCGCAUCUGGAAAACAACCAGAUUGAAGCAAUCCCCCCGGGCAUCCAGCGUUUAAGGAACGUCCGGAUCCUCUAUCUGAACAGGAACAAGCUGAGCGAGCUGUGCCCAGAGCUGGGCAAGCUGGGCAGCUUGGAGGGCCUGGACCUGAGCCACAACCCGCUCCUGUCCUCGUCCCUUCCGGUCCUCAGCGGCCUGCGCCGCCUGCGCGAGCUGCGCCUCUACCACACCGGCCUGGCCGAGAUCCCCAUCGUCAUCUGCAAAUUCCUGCACCACCUUGAGCUGCUCGGGCUGAGCGGCAACCACCUCCGCUCUCUGCCCAAGGAACUGGUGAACCAGACCAAACUGAGGGAGAUCUACCUGAAGCAAAACCAGCUGGAGGUGUUUCCCGCGGAGCUCUGUGUUCUCACCAACCUGGAGAUCAUUGACCUGGACGAGAACAAACUGGCCGUCAUCCCCGAAGAGAUUGGGAACCUGAAGAGGUUGCAGAAGUUCUACCUAGCUUAUAACAGCCUGCCCGUUCUCCCCGAGGCGCUGGGCCACUGCAGCCAGCUGUCGGUGCUGGAUUUGUCCUACAACCGCCUCCACUCGAUCCCGCACACCCUGGCCGAGCUGGUGGGGAUGACGGAGAUCGGGCUGAGCGGCAACCACCUGGAAAAGGUGCCGCGCCUCGUCUGCAAGUGGACCUCGAUGCACCUGCUCUACCUGUGCAACACCGGCCUGCGGGGGCUGCGGCGCUCCUUCCGGCGCCUGGUCAGCCUGCGCUUCCUGGAUCUCAGCCAGAACCAUCUGGAACGCUGUCCGGCGGAGAUCGCGGCGCUCAAGAACCUGGAAGUCCUGGCGCUGGAUGAUAAUAAAAUAUGCCAGUUACCGCCAGACUUCGGCUCACUUUCAAAGCUGAAGAUGCUUGGAUUAACAGGAAAUCAGUUCCUUUCAUUUCCAGAAGAAAUCCUUUCUUUAGAGUCUUUAGAGAAAUUAUGCAUCGGGCAAGACCAAGGAGCCAAGUUCACCUCUUUGCCAGAACACAUUAGUAAAUUACAGAGUCUUAAAGAGCUGUAUAUAGAGAACAAUCAUCUGGAGUACCUGCCCACAUCCUUGGGAACAAUGCCUAACCUGGAAGUUCUCGACUGCCGUCACAACUGCCUUAAACAACUUCCGGAUUCCAUUUGCCAGGCACAAGAUUCAGGCAUGGUGGCGUGGCAUAAUGGUCCGGAAAGGAUUGGGGAGGUUUGA